GUUUCCUCCGCUGUUUUAAAACUACUUCCUGUGGGUCAGUAUGCUAGGGUUAAGGCGCUCGUUAGCGAGAGAAUCGUAACCCGCCUGUGUGAAGAGAUUUUCUGUGUCGAAACAACGUUUCAGCCUCAGCGGUGCUGUAUUUCUCUGUUUACCCUGGCAUUUUAUUGUUCCGAUGGAGAGAUAUCUUCCAAAGCAAGAAAGUCAAUUCCAGCAUCUUGUCAUGGUUGAUUUAGUGACAUACCAGCAGCAAAACCACAGUAAAAGUGUCCUCCUGUUCCCCCCGCUAUCCAGCAGACUGCGGUUCCUGAUUCACAGAACUGUUGAGGACAUUCCGGAUCUCACCACCUUCUCUGUGGGAGAGGGCAGUUUCCGUCGGGUAGUGGUUUGCCCUUGUGAGCUCAGGGUUGAGCCGGAUGAAGGUGGCUACUCUGAAAGCUGCGACUGCUGUUGUGAAGAGCCGUUUAGCAGAAAGAAGACAUCCAACAGCAUCAAGCCCAAAUGUCCAGCCUCAUCACAAAACCGAGGCCCUAAAAGGCCAGACCAGCCCCUCUUCAUUCCACGAGCUGCACGCAAGAGACUGUCUCAACAGAACUCCCAAGGCUCCACAACAGAAAAUGACAUGCAAAGUUGUAGCAGCAACUCUGUUAGUGCUCCAUCAGACUCUUGUCCAUGUACUGAAACGACACAAUAUACAAAGCUGUUGUGCUCUUCUGCCCAAGAAUCAAACUCCCAAGUAGUGGAGAGUAAAACUUGUCUUCAGGAAAAACCACUAAAGCUGCACGAAAACGAGGCUCACGUUUGUAACCUGACUCAGUCCUUCACUGAGAUGAACUUAGAAGACGACGAGAGUGCGGACCUAGCUUUUGGGUCAGAAAGUGUUGAGACACAAGACACGAGCACUGAAAUGGAAGAUGUAAUCAAACAGAUUGAGGCACAUCUUAAAGACCCACAAGCUGUCUCCAUUAAGCUGGUUCAAAACGACUACUGUUUGUUUGAGAAAGUGUCGCUAAACUCCGAUGACUUUCGCCAUGUAAUUGAAAUCUACAACUUCCCAUUUAUUUUCACGACGGAAGACCUUCUUGAAGCUUUUGCAAAAUACAGUGAUGGUGGAAUUAAGAUCAACUGGGUGGACAACACCCACGCCCUGGGCGUUUUUUCCAGCGAGGCAGCAGCACUCCAUGCUCUCACUAUCUACCACCCACUGAUAAAGACGCGAAAGCUUUCCGAUGGGAGUACAAAAGCCAAAGCCAAAGCCAUGAGACAGGCAGAAUUCAUCCAGCCAGUGAAGGAACGUCCCAGGACAGACUGUGUUGUUGCCAAACGGAUGGUGACCAGAGCUUUAGGCAUACAGGGUCGUGGUGGGGUGCAGCGAUACUGAUAGCGUUGCUACAGCUGUGUCUAUCAGAUGACCUCUGACCCUCUGAAGAGCCUCAGAGGCAGCAGACAAAAAUGUUCAGUGGGCAUGAAGAGACUAAAAGAUGUCACAAAUUCUCUGACGCUGAUUCCCCCCCCCCCCCCCAUCUAUAUGGUUCCUUUUCUUCGCUGUUGACAUCACUAUAGUAAAGUAAACAUGACUGUUGAUGAAAUGUUCAAGAGAUGAUUUCAGUAGAAAUCCAAAACAAAACAGCUCUUUAGGAUUCGAUUGCAUGUUGAUGUCCUGAUUACAUAGGACUUUUUGCACCUUUGUACAGUAAAUGCUUUUAUUCUCAGGUUUUGAAAUAAAUUGUAUUUAUCUGUCUAAUGUUUUAAAACAAAAUGUAAGUUUUUCUAUAAACAAAGUUAGUUUUUUCAGUUCACCUUAUAGAAGCUCUUUUUGUUUGUUAUAUUUGUUUGUUAGUUCAGGUUUUGGAAACCUCAAAUGUUUCUAAUCCGUACUGGACUGUUAAUUCCAUCAGAUGUUAUCCCUGAUGUGGCUCUUGUGUGGAAAGAAUGCUCUGAAAAAUGUACUGUAGAAAUUUUUUUUUGUUUUUAAUAAACUUUUGAUUCUA